UUGAUGUCAGCUGUCAAAGUCAUUUUAUGGUGGUUAUGUAAAAAUUAAAUACAUCAACUUCAAAAAAGUAUUAUUAUUAAAACUGGUCAUGGCUUCUUUAAUACGGAUUACAUUCACACGAAUGUUAAAUAAUGCGAAAACAUCAAAUAUGGAAAUUAUAAGAAAUAUAUCAGGAAAGACGAUGCGAGCUACUCUUCCUGCACCCAAACCAAAACCUUACGAUUACAACAACAAGAGUUACCCAACGUAUAAAUUCUUCCUCGAUAGAACAACCAGUAGAUUCACCGAAAAUACAAAGGUGAUUGUGGUCGAAGGUCCAUUAGCAGCUGGAAAAUCAAAAUUUGCUAAAGAAUUAGCCGAUGAAUUAGAAAUGAAAUAUUACCCGGAAGCAAAUUUAGAUAUGUGGUACAUAAACGAUUAUGGAUUCGACACCCGUACGUUAGACGACCAACUUCCUGAGUCUUGCAAGAGUUUCGACGUAAAUAACUUCAUGUUGAACCCAAAACACCGUUUAUCAGCACAAUUUCAAGUAAAACAAUACGCGGUGAAGUUUUCCCAAUACAUUGAUGCUUUAGCUCACUUAUUAAGCACCGGACAAGGUGUAAUUUUAGAUCGUUGCGUUUACUCCGACUUUGUUUUUGUUGAAGCGAUGUACAGCCAAGGAUACAUUUCAAAAGGAGCUCGUUCGUUUUAUUACGAUUUGCGUAAAAGUUCGAUUGGGGAAUUAUUGAGACCUCACUUAAUUAUUUAUUUGGAUGUACCUGUUGGUAAAGUAUUAGAGAAUGUUAAAAAUCGUAACAUUCCAUACGAAUGUAACUCUCCCGUUUUAAAUGCGCAAUAUUUAACUACGAUGGAGCAAUUUUAUAAGCAAAAAUAUCUUAAAGAAAUGAGUGUAAGAUCGGAAUUGCUUGUUUAUGAUUGGACCAAUGAAGGAGAGACCGAGGUUAUUGUCGAAGAUAUUGAAAGAAUGAAAUUCGAGAAUUACGAUGAUCAAAAUCCGAAAUUUGAGGAUUGGAUGGAAGGGAGCGACGAAGCGUGGGCACUUUUAAGGCAAAAAUAUAGCGAUACUAAAGGAUCCUUAAUGUAUUAUCUUAAUGUCCCGAGAUAUGAUGUUCCUGAAUUAAUUACAGAUGCUGAUGAUUCUAAGGAAUACAGGGAUAUAAUGAAUAAUGCUCCUGGAAAUGAGUAUGUUAAGGGUUAUAAUGCAUCUUUGGGAGAUGGUAGUUUGUGGUUUAAGACGAAAUUACCACAUCGUGAAACUUUACCAUUACGCGAAAGACGAAUUUUUUAAAAUUACUAAAUUGUUAUUGUGUUAAUAAAAGUAAUUUAAAAUAAAAAAGCAUUUUUGUAUGA